CGGCGCUUCGUCUCAGGACUACAGAAGUGCAUUGACAUGUUUGCAUCUCGUCCUUCGGCGCAGAAGAUGCAGUCGAGGCUCAUCAAGGACGUUGGUUCCGAGGCGUUCGAUCCUAAGCAAGGAGACUCGUACGAGGUUUUCAACAAGCAAACCCUGGAUACGCAAAUGGCGCUGUACUGCAUCAAUGACGCGCAGUAUCUGCCUUCGCUGAGGAAUUUGUUCUGGGGGAGGCUGGAUUCAUCGUGGCGAGACAAGGUUGCCGCCGCAACGAAAGCGAGGAUCGUGCUGUCCCAAAGUGCCGGAGACCAGCCGCACUCGAAGGAUAAUGCCUUCAGUCCUUAG